UAAAUUUGAAGUAUCUCUUGGAUAUAUCUUAACUAUUAAAUGACAAACAUAUUUACUAAAAAAAUGCUUAUGUGUCACUAGAAAUGUGGCCUAUAUUUUUGGAUUCAGAAAAGGAAAUUUUUGAUAAAUGUUCAUCAAAUUCAUCUAACCAUCGAGACAAAUCUGAAAGAAAAUUGGUUCUCUCAUUGGCGAAAUCCAAGAAAGCUCACAAUCAAUCUCCCUAUCUAGUUGCACUCCCAUCGAAUUGUCUAAUAACGAGAGAGAGGGGCAUACAAGAAUUACCUCCCCUUCAAGAGGAUUAUCGUGUGAUGAACCCUUCGAUCGGCCGUCUAUUGCUGAGAAGACUGGUUCUGCAGAUCGGAAGGCCUCACUAUCGACACAGAUCUGAGCUUGAGAUUACCGUGGUAUGGCGAGUUCGGAGGUUUUGAUGAAUGGAUAUCGUGGAGGAGAAAACUUUCCCUCCGCCAGUUACAGUGACCCAAAGGAUUACAAAACUGUUUCCGCCGCCAGAGAGGGAUACCGUGGCGGAUACCGACAGAGUGUAUGCGCAGAUUACUCUUCUUCCAGAACCUAUUACAGUGUGAACGUUGCUACAUCUCAUCCGCUGAUAUCAGGCACCUUAGCUCUUCGGGUUGGGAUUUUUGCUCUGAAAAAGACGAGAAGAUUUGUGUAUUACAAUACUUUACGCAUGUUCUUAAGGGAAGAGGCUUUGCUUUCUAGAGCAGAUCUUAAAGUAAAAGAGUUACGACAAUCAAUGGACCGUCUUAUAGCCGAAGGCCAAAAGUUAGAGAUUUUCAAACAUUUUAGCUCUCUGGAUGUUGAGGAUGUGACAGAUGUGAAAUCUGGAUACUCGAUCACUUUUCACUUCAGCCCCAACCCCUAUUUUGAGGAUGGAAAACUAACGAAGAUUUAUAACUUCCUCGAAGAAGGGACUACCAAAAUCACAACCACGUCUAUCCAAUGGAAAGAGGGCAAGAGCUUGCCAAAUGGAGUGAAUCACGAGAAGAAAGGAAACAAACGUGCAUUGCCUGAAGAGAGUUUCUUUACCUGGUUUCGCGAUGCUCAACACAAGGAGGACAAUGAGGAGGAGAUUCAAGACGAGGUCGCUGAUGAAGAGGAUUUUGAGGGAGAUGAUGGAAAUGAGAGGAAAGAAGGCAACUCUGAUGAAGAUGAUAAUGACGAAGAAGAGGAAGAUGGUGAGGAAUGAUGGGAAGGGUUCACCAGAAACCACAUAUGCUUGCAUGUCACUCUUCUAUAACAAAAUGUGUGAAAGUUUGUGUGUUGAAAGGUUUUUGAUUUUAAGCAAAAGUGGCUUAUGACAACAACAGACAAAGACAAGCUUUCCACCUUUGGGGAAAAUACAUUUUAGUUAUGUUACCGUAAUAGCUACCAUCUUUGUUCGUAUAAUAUCGUUUUCAGCCUUUGUUACAGAAUUCUGCUUAAAUGGUUUUUGAG